CCCCGCGGAGGGUCCGCGUCGUCCUCCGUGGGAGGCUCGAGGAAGUCGGGAACCGCCGGUUUAAGGGAGCCGGAUAAUGUAGUCCCCGGGUCACUAUAUUUAUAGCUUGGAGAAUUGAAGAUUGCCCCUGAGCGCUCUGUAAAUGAAUCUGCUAGGUGUUGUAAAUUCCAAAAAGCAUUUGAUUUGUUUAAGAAAAACCUUUCAUCUGCUGUAUAAAAACAUUAUUUUAAGAAGCGCUUUGUAUCGCACUCUUACGGAGAGCGCAUUAGGAACUCAUCCGUUCGGGUUCUAACUUGGUGUUAAGUGGUUGGAUUAAGGACUCCCUUUUUCAUGUCCCUAAGAGAUGAUUUCUCAAAAUUCAUUCCGUUGUGUCAUACAGGAAAAGGAAGUAAGAAGUCCAGCUUUAGUUUUGUUUUCAGGUUUAGGCUUGCUGGGGAAGAUUUGGACUGUUGCUUGUUGGUGGUUCGGAGCCUAAUAGGUGCUGGGUUUGAAUUGUUAGACACUUUGUUUAGAAAAGCCUAUUUUAAUGAUAAAAGCAGUGACAUUGCUCCGUCUAUCGUCAUGGUUGCCUGAAGGCAAAACUAUACCCAGAGCUUCUGAGAUUUUAUGUGCAUUUGUUUGCUUCUCCGUUUUUAAAAAGUAUCAUGCUGAGUUUCAGGAAUCUGUAAUCUGCCAAACACGGUGAAAUUAGAAGCCUCAAUUUAAGGGCUUUGGGGAAGUUUCUAACCCACAGUUCUCCUUUCACCUCGGAGUGUUGUAGGACUGAUGGUGGCUGGGGGCCCCAGGUGGCUUCUGGCCCAGUGAAGGGCUCUGGGAGCCGCCGCUGGCUGGCUGACUUUGUGGCGUCUAGGUGGAAACCCUUGGUGAGGGGGGAUGGCCUGCAGGGUCUCAGUCCCCCCAGCCCUCUGUGACCGCUGGCCCCCGGACUCAUCCUGCACCCGCCACAGCAGGCUCCUUUCUGGUCCGCGAACAAACUCGUGUGCUCUGUCCUCAGGCCUGCCUGCAAGGCUGACUUCCUCACCCUCAUAGCUCUCUGAGGCAUUCCCUGACUACCCUACUUAUUUCAACUCUCUGCUUCCUUGUUUCCUGCCUCUCUUCUCUGCUUAAUUUUCCCACGGCACUUAAUUCUUCUAACGUCCUAUUUAAUGCAUUUAUGAUACUUAUAUUUUACCGUGAGGUAAGGUCCGUGGGGAGACUGCUUUGUGCAAAGAGCAGUGCUGGCACACUGGUAUGUGCCCAGUAAAUAUUUGUUGAAUGAAUGAAAAUGAGCCUACCCACAGCUGUGCAGUAUGAUGGCCUUGUCACCCGGAAGUGCUUGUGGGUGAGUACUGAUCGCUUAGAGGUACAGGCUUCUUGGGAGUUGUGGGAUGAGUAACAUUUGUCCUUGGGACAGAGUCACCAACUCCCACCUGUCCACUGAGGAAAGACGGCCGGGUACCAGGUGGAUUGGGGGGUGCUUGGUAUCUGCUUGUAAAUCUUUUUGCAAUUUUGAAUCUAUAAUUAUUUAAAAAUUUAAAAAGUUUUUAAAAGUCAAAUCUGCCACUGGUAAGAAUGCUUUUAGAAAUUUUGUCUUUGAUCACCAGAAAAAACCCUCCUGCUAGUCCUUACGUUCUGUUGUGCCAUUUGGUAAGUAGAGUGGGGUGGGAUCAUGUGCCUGGCUCUUAAUUGAGAAGAACUUCUGAGAUGAGCCUUCCUGAUGCCUCAGCCCAAGGCCCGUCGGCCCUGAUGCUGUAGCCGAGCCCAGCAGGACCUGCUUUCUGACUCAAGGCUCUGGAGUCCUUUGCAGAACCUUCACCUCACGUCCACAUUAACUCAGAAUUAGCCUAACAUGGCAGACCAGAGACAGCGCUCACUCUCUACCUCGGGGGAUUCACUGUACCACGUUCUUGGGCUGGACAAGAAUGCAACCUCAGAUGACAUCAAGAAGUCCUAUCGGAAACUUGCCUUGAAAUAUCACCCUGACAAGAACCCUGAUAACCCAGAGGCCGCGGACAAGUUUAAGGAGAUCAACAACGCCCACGCCAUCCUGACGGACGCCACAAAAAGAAACAUCUACGACAAGUACGGCUCCCUGGGGCUCUACGUGGCGGAGCAGUUCGGGGAGGAGAACGUUAACACCUACUUCGUGCUGUCCAGCUGGUGGGCCAAGGCCCUGUUUGUCGUCUGUGGCCUCCUCACGUGCUGCUACUGCUGCUGCUGCCUGUGCUGCUGCUUCAACUGCUGCUGCGGGAAGUGCAAGCCCAAAGCGCCCGAGGGCGAGGAGACGGAGUUCUACGUGUCCCCCGAGGACCUGGAGGCACAGCUGCAGUCCGACGAGAGGGGUGAGUCCUGUCCUGGGACCCGCAUGCCUGUGUGGGGCGGAGCCCACACGGGCCCUGAAUGCUGUCAACCUAUCUUGUCAAACAGGAGGGCACUGACACUGUGCCGCGAGUGUUUGUGGUGGCAGCUGGGACUGUUGAGGUGUGAACAUGGACCCUGGAGAGGCCACAGACACGCCGAUCGUCAUACAGCCAGCGUCUGCCACCGAGACCACCCAGCUCACGGCCGACUCCCACCCCAGCUACCACACUGACGGGUUCAACUAAGUCUGGGAGAAGCUGUGGUCCCAGGCGGUCAGUGCCUGGCCACCCCAACCUUAGAAUCAUGAACUGUAGUCACAGACACGGGGAGGCUGCUGCCUGCCUGCCGCGGCUGCGCUGGGCCCCGCCCGCCACCUCCACGCCCGCCCAGCAUCGACCCCUGACCCACGAAGUGCGUAGCAUGCAGUAUUUAAAGCAGUGUAGCUACGGCCUCCUUCCGUUUUUCCUUUUUUAAUAGCAUGUGUGGGGUUAUGUUCCAUGUCUGUGUUGUGGACGUGCACGGCGUGGCCGUGUUAGCCGGACGGUGGAGCUGCCUGGGGGUUUCGGUCAGGUCGGUCCAGUGAGGGUUGAUCGCAGCCGCCAGGUGCUGCCCGGCCAGGUGGGCAAGGAAAGGAAGGAGCUGCCCCUUCCUGCCCUGUGUUCUCGGAGGCCGGAGGCAGGUGCUGCCUGGCGGAGCUGCGUCUCCGUGUUGGCCUUAGGGUCUGGUGUGCGCUCUGUGCUCCCCAGCCCCAAGGCCGCAGCAAAGUUGUGAUGUCACCUGCCGGGUCCUCCGGGUACCACCAGCAUCCUUGCCCGUUUCGCGUGUUUGUGUUGGGCACGGGUUACGUGGGGUCUCUUCGCCUUGUUGACGGGGCCUUGCAGUGGGAUUUUUCCUGUGGGCAGAUUUGCUGUGGAAGGCACAGGAGGGCCCCUUCUGGGACUGAAGCCACGUUCUCUGCACGGUGUUUCUAGCCUGAGUCUCCCUGUCACAGGGACUGUGAGGGUCCUGUCCUUGGAGCUGUGUCCUUCGCCAGUGUGUGGGAGGUCGUUUGCAUUCCUGCCCCUUCCCAGGCAGAGAGCUGGAUUGUCGGGGCCACGUUUCCCCUCUCCCCCACCCGGGGUCACCCUCCACAUUCCUUCAAGCCACCUGUCCCUUUUGUAAUAAAUCCUUUCUGGACCUUUAGAACCACAAGUGGUAGGACCAGCCCAGUCAGUCAGUCAGAGGGACUGAGUUCUGGUGUGGGUGGUGCACGGCUGCCUGUACCCUGCCCUGGCGACGGGCAGCCCCCAGAGCCGUGUUGGCCAGAGCACUCCGACUCCACUCGCCUUCGCCCCUCCCCGAUGGUCAGGCAGGACUAGAGACGCUGGGUCCCUGGAGGAAGGGCUGGCUGGACCAAGGUCCCUCGGCCACGGGAGGGCUGCGUCCCAGGGAGGCCAGUGGCCAGCCCGUGGGAUCCCUUUGGGAACCCUGGGAGCUGGUCUUUCUCCCAGACUGGGUGGGGGCUGAGGCAGUGUGGGUGUGACGUGCCCGUGCUGGCCCAGGGCUGGGAGCUGCCCACUCCCCCGGCAGCGCAGGCUGCCCCCGUCCGGGCCCCGGAGCAGAGUCUGGGGCUGGUUUCUGCAGAACUUGCCGCUGGCUGCUGCUGAGGGUCUUCCGAACUUGCAGUAGAGAUGAAGACGAGGAGGAGGCUGUGCCUCUGCCGGCUCUCUGGCUGGGCCAGACCAGAAGGUGGUCCCGAAGCCCAUUCCUCCCCGCCCACCUGCCGACUCUGGCCCACCCGGGGCUGUGAGAGGAGGACGUGUCAGGAAGGUGCUGCUGGUGGGGGCCCCGCCGGGUCCAGCCAGGCUGUGUGCCGGCCAGGCCCCCGCUGGCCCCUGCAGACCCGACAUGAGCCCAAGCUGGCUGCCAGCACCAGGUCCUGGGGCAGCUCGAUCCAUUUUCUUUGCUUUUUACUCAUUGAAAUGAUCAUGAAGACCUUCCGUGAGAGGGAGAUAUGCACUACACUGUGUUAUUAAGUUAGAAAUAGUUUGUUAAAAUCAGACCUCUCAUAAAAGGAUAAGAGAUUUACUGUCUGACCCAUCCUGGAGCAAGGGAGGAGGCGAGAUGACAGGGACCCUCCUCUGCUGACCCCGGACAGCAAAGGAUUCAGUCUGAGGUGCUGCUGCAGCCGUGGUGAUUUUUCUAGACACAACUUAGGAAGUGAGUUGUUUCCCCCGGAAUGGCCCAGAGCCAAGCUCCACCUGGCCCUCGGGGUCUGCACGCAGCUGUGGCUGGAGCAGGCCCGGGCCCUUCCGCACUGUCCAGGUGGGCCCCUUGCCAGGUGGCUUCCCAGUCCCAGGAUCCCCUGACCAUUGCUCAGAGUCGCACAGCUGCCCCGGACGGCGGGGCAUAGCAGAAAAGAGCAGCAGGUCUGGAAGUUUGUGGAACCCAGGCCCCCGUAUCUGUAAAAACUAAACAUAAAUCAAGGAUGCCCGGCACUCUUCCCACUAACUGACCCUGAGGCAAAGCCCCCUUUUCAUGUUUUACUCUGUGGGUUGUAAGGCUUUGUUUUCAUUCAAGGAAAAAGAUCUCCCUGGUUUCGCUUCCCUUUCUCUCGAGUGGACUGUUUGUUUCCCUUCUAAUAAGCAGAGCUGGUGUGUCCCGGGGGCGGCCUGAGCUCCUUCCUGCUCACUUGCUGCCAGGUCAGGAUGCCCCUGCAGCCGCCAGCACCCCCGCCUGCUGGUGGUGGCGACACGGGCACCUCAGCCCCACUCCUGGCAGCGGGUGGCGCGGCCGGCGUGUUGCCAGGGGGGUGCUGGGGUCGGUGUGUGCUGAAGACCCUCCAGGUUCACCCAGGGUUCCCUAAGGGGUCCGGCAGCACUGACCCCUCUGAGCGGCAGGAAGGGGGCCCAGGAGACCUGCGGGCCCCUCCCGGGUAGCCUAGCCGCUCAUGUGUAGAUUUCUGUUUCCCCUCAGUGACAUGGGCUUUUCUUGUCUUCCUUUUGGCUUUAUUUUUAAACUGCUUUAGAUAUACUGCUUAAUGUUCGUGGACUUCCCUAGUUCUCUGACGUUCGGUUAAUGCAGCCAACACCCAAUGGGGACCUUUUAGAGAGAGAGAGCCGAGUGUGCUGUGUGUGGUUGGCGGGAAGCUCCGUCUCCUUGUCGUCGGCUGCUGGACUUGGCCACCAGGGUCCAGUUCAGGAAAGGGCCCGCAGCAUAGAACAGUCAGGACUGUCCUCAGACGUUCUAACCCGGGUGUCACCAUGGCGGUGCCCGUUGUCCUGUGGAGCCCCUGGCAGUCCGUCCCAGGUGAGCCUCGUGCUGGAAUAUCUCCCCGCGCAGCUGGUGGUCUGGGAGGUGCCCGCCUUCCCCAGCUCCGGACAGGUGGGCACUGGCAUGCAGGCAGGGCACGGGGUGGGUCCUGCCCACCCUCUCCUGGCUGUGGCGUGGCUUCUGAGGGGUAUAAAAAGCGACUGAUCUCAUUCCUUUCCCAGUGGUCUGAGCUGUGCGCCCGCGUGGCACAGGACUGACCUGUUCCUUCGGUUGUGAGUCAUGCUCCUGUGGAAUUGGCAAAAGCUACAUUAUUACUGUCCUUACAGGCACGGUUCGCGUUGUCACAUACUGUGAGUGUGGGCUGUGGUAUGUGUCCGUGUGUGUACAUAUGUGUAUAUGUAUAUAUCACACAGCAGGCGUGUCAUGCUGCUGUCUGGCAGUGAAGCAACAAGUACAAUAAAUGUUGGCUCUAAAAUGGCCUCUGGUUUCUUGGCAAGCCGGACAGGGACAGGGUCUCCACGUGGCGGGCGCACAGAAGGGACCACCUCAGCCGUGGUGUGCCGGGAGCGCGUGAGCCUGAGCACGCUGCCCGGCAUCAGGCAUCUGCAGGGUCGCGUGAGGGUGACUGUCACAAACACCAGCCCAUCCCUGGGGGCUGUCGUCCUCCCCUGAUCCACAGGUGUGUGUCCCCAUGGAAUCUAAGUGGUGACUGGAAACCCUUCCCUCCCUUGAAGCAUUAAAACCAGUUUUCCAAGCAGCAGGUACAGUGGGUGGGGAAGCGCCUGUCGGGCAAGCUGGGAAGGCCCCGCCCUGGCCCCAGGCCCACCCUGAGAGGUUGGGCAAGAGGGGCAGGAGGGGUCGGGGGCCACCGCCCUCCAGGGAAGGGGCUGGGGCUCUUACAGGCAGCACCUUCCCACAGAUUUUGUUUUCCUGGAAAAUGGGGUUAAUGUUUCAAGCCAAAUGAGGGGAGGAAGUUUACACUGAAACAUACAUACCUUGUUUCUAAAAUUAAAUGCAGAUGCGUGGAAGUCAGUUGUCCAUGCUCUGGUUCUCACUGGAAUCGGACCGUGCUGGGUGCAGGCUGUGUCAGAACCCCUGGCCAACCCUGGCUCCCACGGGCACAUCUGAGGGCCAGUCUGGUGUCGCAUGGUGAUCGCUGUCUUGUGUGUCUGAAUGUUGACCUAAAAUAAAAGAUAUCUGUUGUAAAAAUAAAUGUUUUCACUGCA